ACAACGAAGAAGAAGAACACUGUUGCUAUGCGACGGCGCUACAAUACUCAAACCAAGUGCUCGGCCCCAACUAACAUUAUUAGAGCUAGACAUUUCUACUUCAGGGCGUCCCUCAAUAAUUCUCUGCCCGCAUCGUUUAUUCUUCACUACAGCCAUGCCUCUUCCAGACACAUUCUACUGUGCCGAGCAAAUCAACAUGCCUCCAGAGCUGCCUGACAUCCUCAAAAGCUUCACUAAGGCAGCCAUCCGAACACAGCCCAAGGAUUUGCUGCUGUGGUCUGCAGCAUACUUCAGUGCGCUCUCUAAAGGAGAGUGUCUACCUGUGAAGGAUAGGCUGGAGAUGAAUGUUGCCACCCAGAAGACCGACACUGGGCUGACACCAGGUCUACUGAAGACCCUCCACAAACAGCUGUCCCCCUCGCAAACCUGCAGCAAAGAGGAGCUGCAGACCAAAUGGAAGGGUCUGUGUCUACCUGUGGAUCAGCUGGAGACCCUUCUGUCGUUGGGCGGCUUCGGCUCAGAUAUCGACUGGAUGGAGUUUUUUGCACUGAGCUGCAGCGCUCUAGGAGGGACUCUUAUGAGUUCUCUGAAGUUUGCCUGUGAGAUCCUGACGGAGGAUGAGGAAGGUGGGGCCGCCAGGAUCCCGUUCGAGACAUUUUCCAAGCUCUACACCUAUCUGGCUCACAUCGAUGGGGACAUGUCGCAGAACCACAUCAACAACUUCCUCAGUAGUCUGCAGCCACAAGUGGAGCUUCAGCAUGGCAUGAUAAAACCUCUGGACUUUAUCUACAAGGAAGACACGGACCCAACUCCCUCCGCUACGUCCAAUUUUGCCAGAGCAACCUCGAGAGCUGAAUAAGGACCAAGAAAGACAGAUGUUGUAAAACAAGCUGUCUGUUCAGCGGUGAAAGCAGAUCCAUUUCCUGUUUGGCUGCUCAGAAAUGCCUCCUUCACUGUACACACUGGAAACAUGAACUAUAGAAUGGAUGUAACCUCGCUGACUUCCUCAACCCUUCACUUGUCUUUCACACCGCAAUCUUCAGGAAGGAUGACAAGCACUUGUCCAUCAAGUGAACACCCCCAAAGAAUUUUCUUUUUAUUCUACAGACAGAUUAGGUUAGUAGAAUUAUGGAGAAGCCUCUCGUAGAAAAACCAACAGACUCCCCCCCCAAAAAAACAAUCAAACAAACAAAAAAAAAAAAAUACGUUGAAGCCAAGAUAAAAAAAAAAGGAACUCUUAGAGGAAGUGUUAUGAAAAAAACUAAAAAUGAAAGUCAUCAACAGGAAAGUCCCAUUGCUUGUCAGAACUUUCCAGGUAGAAUAAAUGUCUAAGACACAUAGCCUAUUAGACACUACUGGCAUCUCUUUUUUAGCACUCACCAAUGAGGACAAGUCCCACCAAUGGGCAUCUGUGUUGGCAAGUGUGAUUUUGACAAAAUAGGAAUUUAUUUUGUAUCUCAGAUUAUUCUUAGAAGCGCCUCAGCACUGGUGCUGGGAUGUGGUCUUGUGCAUAAUCAAAGUGGACAGAGUACCUUAGGUCAUGGCUAAGGUUUCUUAAGCUCUUAUCCCUUUAGGGUGAGCCACAGACAGUGUCGACAUGACUACACUCCAUGAUCAGCAAAUAACAUGUCGUCAGUGUUUGUGUAAUUACUCUCAGUAGGGGGAGACAAACGUUCUGUGCUAUAGCUUAAGACACCUCUGCGCUGCCUUUUCCACUCUUGCUUUCUGCAGUGGAUGUGCACAGAGCCUAGGACUUAGCCUAUAAAAACUGUCUUCUGCUGUUCUAUAUCCCGAAGACAUUUCAUCACUCAUCUGUUCCAGUGCUGCCUUCAGAGAGAUCGUGGUUAUGACCUGGUACAAAAUCUGUGAACUCUGAUCUUGUUAAAAAUUUCCACUCAAAGCCACAAGAGCAGGUCAUUCAUAUGGAGUUCACUCAUGAAUAUGACUCCAUUAGAAUGCACACUAACACUCUUCCAAACUAACUCAGAGCUUCAGAUGUCUUCAGGAAACCUUAAACAAAUCCAGCUGCCUUGUUUUAAUCAUGUUUUAAAUGAACAGCUGUAAGUGUUAGUGUAUUGACUAUUGCUCAUUAUCCAUGAUGCUAAAAUACUAUAGUCAUUAGUGUGAUUUCUGUGUUGAGUUUCCUUGUGUCUUUCAAACAAUGGUUGCAGGCCCUUAUGGAGUGGGAGUAGUUCAUAAAUGUUGCACAGCCUUAUCUGUAUAAGAUGGAGAGUAUGAGGCAGGAGGAAAGGUGAAUUUUCUCUGCUUGUCCGGUCGCUGACGGACAAGGAUGAGGAAAUAAUCACAGUUGUUAAGGUCAGUAUCGUUCUGACGUAGUUAAAUAUCUGGAUCCAGAUUUGCAGUGAGGUCAUGUGCACGGCUGCGUACAAAAGAACUGACAUGAGUUCCUCUGCAGGAGGACUUUUACCUUGUAGUGCUUUGUUAUGUUGUCACACUUAUCUGUUAUUGAAGGACACUUGCGUUGUUUAAUUCCGUGUUAUGUUUUUGUGUCUAUUUACAAUCAAGACUGAUUUUGUCUUCUGCGUGAAUGUCUGACCACAUUUGUGGAACACGCUGCUAAUAAAUGAAGUCGAUUUA